CCACAUCUACGUCGAGAGACAGAUACGGCAAUCCCACUGCCGUCGCCCUGCUGCUGCGAACAUGCGAAAUUGAUCACGUCUCUCGCUAAUUGCUCUGGAAAUGCCCAUCUUGCCUCACUCGUGCUUCGAGACAGGAAGCACUUUGGCGCGGCCACCAUGGGGGCCACCAACAUACAAGACGCAAAGAUUCUCAUACAAUCAUCGCGUGUGCCCGACCGUACGACUGGUCUGAAGGACCUCAUCCACAUUCUGAAGCACAACCGCGGGAAACCCAGCCUUGAAGCCCUGGGCAACAAGUCCUAUCUGGCACUAUGCGACGCCCUCUUCCAAUGCUUGCGAGACGAGCGAUCCUCGUUCCUCCGCAGCAAAGCCAAGUCUGCCAAAACCAAAACCGCUGCGCUCCUGACUCUCUCAGCCUCAGCAUUGCGCCAUGUCGUUGCUACUGGCGUGCGAACAAUCAAAGGCUCUACAGUUGAGAUCAUCAUAGACACCAUCAUCGAAGUCCUUCCGGGGAGGGACGGGACGCUGAUCACACCACUUCUCGAAGACCUCCCCAAAGCUCUGCGGUCCUUGCUCGAGCACCAGCCGCAUGUCGAGCGUCUCUCCAAGGACUGCUGGGAUGCCACAGUCGACUUCUGCGUGGAAUCUCUGUCAGGAUUCUUUGUCGAGCCAGAACCAGAGCCGCCAAACAGCUGGGGUACUAACGUCUCUAGUCGAGGCCGCACCCCGUUCGAAUCUACCGAUGUGACGUCCUUUAGAGCCAGCCCUCGUGAGCCUGUGACAAGGGCCAAACCACACCCUGACGAAUUCUCUCAUUCAACAGAGGAUUUCAUACAUUGUCUGCAUUCACUCGUCAAGGCUUCAAACGCCCCAGUACUAGACAGAGCCGAAGUUGUCCUGACCGCAUUACUGCAGUUCUUGCAGCGCAGAACCGGACGCGGAAGUAUUGCUGCCGCUGCUCUUGCUGCGAUCAAUUCGAUACUUGCUCGAGUCACACUACAAUCACUCGAGCUGACCAAGCGUUAUGUACGGGAGCUUCUUCCUCUGAUGAAACCGAUGUGGUCUGAAAUUCAGCUCCGCGAUGAGAUAGUGAUUGCCUUGAUAUAUACAGAAGCGCAUAUCUCAAGCCUUCUCCUUGAUACUGAGGAAGUAACGGUGAGGUUUGCCCUUGAAGCGCUGAUUGAGACUAUCUAUGGAGACUACCGACGUAGGCAGGACACCACUGCGCACCAGUAUCUCGAAGAGGAUCAUCUCUGCUUCCGACACUUUGACAAGACUGACAAAGACAUCCAUCCAUUGCAUACCGCUGCAUUUUCCAUGGAAGCAGAACACUCUCGCUAUGAAGGGCUUUGGGCAACUGUAUCUACAAUCGCACACUUUUCUUUCAAGCUUGACGAGAAAAAGCGUAUGGUCAACCAUGAUCGUGAAGACGGCGAGGAAAGCCUUACGAAGCGCUCGCGCGUCACUUUGCUUUUCCAUGAAUAUCUCCGCCACGUUCUCGAACCCCGAUCUAACGCCAAACGAGCAGCUUUGCAAGUCGUUGCUUUCAUGGUUCAAGAGGGAUCUUUCGACGAAGAGGACCUGCAGACAAUGCUAGAGAAACUCACGUCCUGCAUCUCUGACGAGAAUCCGGUGCAUUCGAUUUGGGCAAUGAUUGGUCUGGCUGCGGCUGCCUUUCAGAAAUCUGCAAAACAUGUAUCUCUUUUACCCUAUUGGAUCUCUGCAUGGCAAAGCGCUUCUCGUGCUAUCACGUCAAUGUCAAAUUCUCGCGCUGCAUGUCACUUGAUGGACGUCCUCUUGAAGCUCGGUAUUGUACCAUUCUCCGCGGUUUCGGAAAUUGUUCAAUCGAUGCUAGCAUCUAUCGAGUUGAGUGGUCCCGCCUUGCUAACAGAGACAAGCUCGUCCUUGUUGACGACUAUCAUCCAAGAGCGAAUCAAAGAGAACCCAACACACUUUAAUAUAACUGCCGAGAGGGUUUCAAACUGGCUACUCAGCAAGUGGACUCCAAGUCUAUGGUCAGAGCGAACCUACUCCGCGAUGAAUGCACACCACUGCAAUGCCCGUGAUGUGAUACGCGUAUUGUAUGCUUGUUUAGACUGCCCUCUCACGCUUACGAAAGCGGCACCUUUUCUUGUGCUGGGACCUGUCGCGCAAGCUCGUGCCUACACGAUUGUUUACAAGGAUCUUGCUAAUUAUCUUCUACUUCUCGAUCACAACGAAGAUCAUCUUGCGCGAGUGAGUACACCGGCAGUAUCAUCACGCAAAAAAACAUCCGAACAUCAUUCGACACAAGUAGAGAACAGAUUCCUUGACUUCUGUGCAUCCGAGGUCGACAAGACUAGGCUUUCUUGGACAGAAACCACCCAAGCAAACUUCCAAGCUAUUACAUCAGAUAUGUUGCGCAUCGUUACGAAUUUGUGUAUUGCUGUGCCCGCAGUCACUAUAGUUUGCGAUCCUGAGGACCGCCGUGUGUCUGCUCUUGAUUCGUCUAUUGAUCUUCUCUGUCACUCAUUCGUUGAUGUCCUGGCAAAGUCUCAAAUGGAAGAGUACAAGAUCGAUGCGGUCCUUGAGACUUGCACAAGAAACCUUCCUGAUAUCAGUUGCGUACAGGGGUUGACAUCAGAUGUUUUCAAGCAAGCAGGCGUCUUCACACUCUCUCGACAUCUUUCCAAAGCUCUAGGCAAUCGGAAAGAAAUCAAACAGUCGUUCCAGGCAGAAGAUGACGACUUCAUGGAUGUUGACGAGGGAACGGAGUCUCAAAUGACAAACAAUGCGAAUGGCGCCGAUGUUGACGUUCCACGACACGACCUACAGGCAGAAUCCGAUGGUCCUGCAGUUCGCGCAUCGUGCUCGGCAUACUUAUGCAUGAUUUCUUCACUGGCUAAUCAUACUGGAGUAGAGGAAGACCAGGUAAUCCCGUCGAAAUUCAUCGACUAUCUGACUUCGCUCCACGAAAGUGACCUUCUCCGCGCGCGUCAAUUCUUGCGUGCGCUCUGGAGUCGUAAGUUCAAAAUGUCGCAAGACGACUGCCUCGAUCUUCUAGAGCGACUCAGUGAAGCACUCGUCGACCCACGUGCGCGGGAAUACAACACGUCAGAGGUUGCGAACGGCAUGCUUGUCGAAGUCUUGAUAGGUACUGCUCUUGUCUGGGGGUCUGAUGGGACAGAUCGAGAGGCUCAAGACCUCUACGAUAAUGUCGAGGCCUUGUACGCCUACUACAUCACAGAAAUGGAGGAAGGUGGCGUCAGGAGAUCUUCCAAUCUCCAGAAGAUUAUUGCCGUCUUCCUCCAUGGGCUCCUCAAAAACCACUCUGACUUCGGCCAGAGUCGUAAGGUGCCAUCCGUUCGGACAAGUCUUUUCGAGCUACUGUCACAAGGCGAGAUGGUUUUGAAAUACCACAUCGCCGAAUGCUUGCCAAAAAUGUUUGAGGACUUUGUUCUUUCUGAACAUGACAAGAUCUUACAGGAUGUUGAUCGAAGUCUGCCUGGCGACGACGAAGGUAUUGAAGGUAUUGCCGUCCGAUUACUCGUUCUAUCCAAGCUGGCAUCCCAGUGGCAUACACUGUUGCGGUCAAGUGUUUAUCGAAUCUUUGCAACAGCAGGCUUCGUCAAAGGAGCGACUCGACAUGCGAGACGAUGCAUUGCCAAUGUUGCGCAGUGUAGAGGUCUCGGAAGCCCACAGAGCUUGUUCCGUUUAUUUGCACCUCAAAUUCUGUUCACAUGGCUAGAUCGAGGACGGGAAUUUGCAGACAUACCGUACCUGAUUUUCGGUUACGGAACGCUCGUAGUUCUGCUCCGCGACAUUGAAGCUGAGGCAGUGGGUCAAAGUAUCAUGUUCGGGCGCAAAGCCGAAGUGAACUAUCUAGCAAAACAUCUCAGGAUGUCAAUAUCAGAGCUGUUGGCGAAAAACAUCGGUAAAGCUGCUGCCUAUACGAUAUCUCAGGAUACGUGUGCAGGCUCCGCUAGGACGAAAGGAGAACCAAGUACUUGCAAUCUACUCAAAGAUCUUGUUGGGAAUGACAAGUAUUUUGUUCUAAUACAAAACAAUUUUCCACAAGUGCUUGGCCAUAUACUCCAAACCAUCGACCAGGAAGAGCGAUUCGGUGAAAGUCUAAAGAAAAAGCCGCUCUUUAGCGCCACAGCUACUAUCCUGACCGAGAUGACCAGUAUCAGCCAUUCAACUCAAGACCUCAACAUCGGUAUCGAACCUUCUUUCUCUGCACACUACCUCGUUGAUCAACUAGAACGGCUGUGUCGACGUACCGGUGACAAUGCCAUCAAAUUCUGGACGCCGAGUACAUACACCUUCGUCCUGCGUACACUUCUCGAUCGAGUCCACCCAGCUCUUGGGUCGCUCUAUGCUCGAUCUAUCAUACGCAAGAUUCGCAUCGUCGUCGCUCUAGCCGGACCUGUAGCAUAUGAGGGCUACCCCUUACAGAUGACGCUCCAGUCCUUGUGUCCUUUUCUUACAGACAUCCAAUGUGCAGAGGACACUGUCGGCAUCAUGCAAUAUCUGUUUGACCAUGGCGCCAAAUACCUCCAGGAACACAUCAGCUUUGUCACAGGUAUAGGUCUAUCCAUACUCAUCUCCGUUCGAGUAUUUCUAGGCACUGUCCAGGAAAGCACCACGCAACAGUCCCAGCACGUGGCGACUAUGAGUACAGCCAAACGGUUUCACGUUUGGUUCACGGAAUUCCUCAAAACCCAAGCCGACUCAUAUUCCACGACUGAGAAAUCCUCAUCCGUCAAAGCGUUCAAACUAAUCACCACUGCCGCUUCUAAAGUUCAGGCGGAAGGGAAUUCCGUUCGUGGUAGUGAUGAAAGUAAGUUGCUGAUGGAAAUCUUGGACGACGUCAAGUCAGGUCGCAAAUUGUUAAACAAGACAUCACGGGAGGUCGCCCUGAAUCUUCUCUGUCAAAACUUCCAGCUGGCCCCAACGGCACGAGAAGAUGUUUUGGGUGUCGACGACGACGCUGCCGAAUAUGCGCCUCUUGUUUGGGAAUCGUGUCGGAGAAGCAAUGUCGGCGACGGCUACCUGCUAUGGACAGCGAGGGUCUUGGGUCGCGCCUUUGGUUCUCAUGGCGAAGUGAAGCGGAGCUCCUCUCUAGUCCGGCCUUGGUUGUGCUCGAACUCGACUUCGAAAGAUUCUCUUGGGAAAUCCUCCAGGGAGGCGAUCGUAAGGGAAGUUAUCGACCUCUUCUACAGCGACAACCGUAGUGAAGUGAGUCUUGCUGAAGACGCUGUUCGACAACUCAUCUCUCGCCUUACAAGUGGCGACGUCAAAUAUGUUGCAGAGAUGCGUAAGGCGAUUCCCGAAGCCGUCGGAAAGGCUCUCGCGGUGCAUAUCGCCGGAGAGUCCACGUUCGAAUCGCCCCAGGCUAGCGAAGGACUUGAGCAAGCGGCGGCGCCUACGGAUCUCAAAUCUGUCUCUGUUUGGAUAAAAGAUCUCGCAGUCGCCUUAUGUGGAGUGGCCGCGGACGACCCCAUUCUUGGCGCUCUUUCUGGUCUCCUCAUGGGCAUCGAUCAUAUGGCUAAGAAACUUCUUCCCUACAUUCUGCAUCUUGUUCUUUUGGACGAGCACGAUCGAGACGGCAAAGUCCGGAAGUCAAUCUCAGAAGCAACUACGUCGUGGUUCCGCCGCUGCGAGUCUUCAAACGCGCCAUACGUUCGCAUCCUCGUCCAAUGUGUGCUCUACCUUCGAAGCCAGCCGGUUCCAAAGGAAGUGACAAGAGUCGACCGAGACCGCUGGCUGGAGAUCGACUAUCUUGAAGCAGCACAAGCCGCUACCGUUUGUGGCAUGUACAGGACAGCUUUACUUUUCGCGGAAACGUCUUCAGGCCAGCCUAUUGUCAAGAGCAGCUCCAGGAGAUCGUCUGUUCUGGUCGACGCACCCAAGAUGCCGACCAAGCUUCAACUCUCUAUCUACAAGAAUCUGGAAGAACCUGACUCCUUUUAUGGUAUUGACCGGGGGUCGAGCCUACUGUCUGUUCUGGACCGGCUUGACUAUGAAGGAGAUGGUGUGAAGAGUCUGUUGUUUCGCGGUGCACGCCUUGACAGUCAGAUACGCCGGCAGAACGUUUUCGAGGCACCGGAUGCUCGGGGUACCGUUAAAUCACUCAUCAUGCUCAACAUGAACAGCGUCACACAUUCGCUGCUCUCGAAUGAUAAGUUCCGAGAUUUGGGAGAAGACGUCGUGGAGAGCACGCUUCAUACAGCACGGAAACUAGGCCAAUGGGACAUCAAAGCCCCAGAGACGAAUCACACCGAACCCAGCACGCUCUUCAAGGCAUUCCAAGGCCUCCAUAUUGCGAAAAGCUCCGCAGACGCCAAAGCCAAUUUGGAUCGUCAGCUAUUGGCGACAAUGAACUAUCUCUCUGGGCGAAGCAGCUCAUCUGUGCCAACAAACGUGCGUCUGCGGACGCUGGCUGCUUUGACGGAAGCAGAUGAGAUCAUUCGAGCAGAUCGCCAGGAACGCUUGCUCGAUGUAUGGGACUGCAUGAAAGGACGGGAUAGAUGGAUGUGGGCUGGCGAAUUCGGCGAUGUACGCCAGCUCCUGUCCUGUCGCGAAACACUGUUCAACGUACUCGGCACGAACCCCUCCCUCAUGGACUCACUACGCGUCAAGUCUGCGGUUGUUCGAAACAUGGAGGUCGAGGCUCUUGUGUCUUCUUCAACAAUCUGCAGACGCCAUGGCGCUAUCCAGGAAUCACUGGCAAGCGUUACGUACCUUUCUGAUAUUGUGCCAGCGUGCAAAGAGGUGGGACUCGAUAUCGAAGCAUCGGCCCAACACGAGGUAGCAAGUGUGCUUUGGGAGCAAGGCGAGACCGAGAUCUCGAUCAAGAUGCGACAGCACCUGAUUGAUUACGCCCACUUUGACUCACAGAGCGCAGACUUGAGCCUGCCGGUGCUGCUCGCCAAAUUAGGUCACCACUAUGCGGAGGCUCGCCUUGCAAAGCCUGAUGUUAUCAUGCAGCAGUACCUUGAGCCGGCAAUCCGAGAACUCAAAGGCGUAAAGCAGGGUGUAGGACCGGGUCAGGUAUUCCACGAGUUUGCUCUUUUCUGCGACAAGCAACUUCAGAGCCCCGAAGCCGCGGAAGAUAUGGAACGCAUCAAGACUGUCAUGGACCGGAAGUUUCAAGAAUACCACGACUUUAUGAAGCUAGCCAAAACGGACAAGAGCAAAGGUAUGCGCGAUACCUAUUCUCGAAACGCGAGACGAGCAAAAACUUGGUACGACUUGGACAACGUUGAGUACGAGAGGUUGCGCAAGGGCCGUGAGCAGUUCCUGAGGCAGUGUCUGGAGAAUUAUCUGCUGUCACUAUAUGCGAGCGACGAGUACAACAAUGACGCUUUGCGGGUGUUUUCGCUCUGGCUCGAGUACUCCGACACGGAUCUGGCGAACGAGGCUGUCAGACCUUACAUCAACAGCGUCCCAAGUGGUAAAUUUGCUCUACUUAUGAACCAGUUGUCCUCGCGAUUACAAGCCGAAGACAACGAGUUCCAGAAGCUCUUGAUGGACCUCGUGUUCCGGAUAUGUGUGGACCAUCCAUAUCACGGAAUGCACCAGAUCUUUGCCAUCCAGAUGAAAGUCGGGGCUAUCACGAGGGAGGAUGUUGUACGGGCAAAGGACGAGUCGGCAAGGUCUCGCCAGAAAGCCGCAACAAGUCUUGCAAACGUGCUUGGCAAGAACGAGAAAGCGAGGUCGUAUUGGAGCUCGAUCUUCCAGUCAAAUGAGAUCUACCAUCACUUGGCUAUGUUCAAGGGUGAGAAGGAGAGCACGCAGCAGGGACGCGAGUUACCGCUCGAUCGGUACAAGGAGUCGAAAGAACUGGUUCGCAAAGUACCCCAGCUCAAUGUCCCGCCGGCGACGCUGCAGAUUGAAGUCAGGCCGAGUAUGAAGUAUGAGGAUCUGCCGAGGAUUCAUAAGUUCAAGCCAACGAUGAGUAUUGCAAACGGACUGAGCGCGCCAAAGGUCAUUACGGCGAUUGGCACGGAUGGACGACCGUACAAGCAACUGUUCAAAUCCGGCAACGACGACCUCCGUCAAGACGCCAUCAUGGAGCAGGUGUUCGACCAAGUCUCGCGCCUCCUAAAAAACCACACAGCAACCCGCAUCCGCAACCUCGGGAUCCGCACCUACAAAGUGCUCCCCCUAUCCACACGCUCGGGGCUGAUGGAAUUUGUGCAAAACACAAUCCCACUACACCUCUGGGUGAUGCCCGCACACGAGAAAUACUACCCCAACGACUACAAAGCCGAGCGCUGCCGCAAGGAGAUCGGCGCCUGCCAGCAAGACUCGCUCAGCACGCGCGUCAAAGUCUGGCAGAAAAUGGCCGACAACUUCCACCCCGUAAUGCGCUACUUCCUACUCGAGCGCUUCCAGGACCCGGAUGAAUGGUUCGAGCGCCGCCUCGCCUACACGCGCUCCACAGCCGCUAUCUCCGUGCUGGGCCACGUCCUCGGCCUCGGCGACCGCCACUGCCAUAACAUCCUGCUCGACGAGAAGUCCGGCGAGAUCGUGCAUAUUGAUCUAGGCGUUAGCUUUGAGGCCGGCCGCGUGCUGCCUGUGCCGGAGGUCGUGCCCUUCCGUCUCACGCGCGACCUUGUUGAUGGCAUGGGGUAUACGAAGACGGAGGGCGUGUUUCGUCGCUGCAUGGAAUUCACUAUGGAUACUCUGCGUGAGGAACGCGAGUCCAUCAUGACGCUGCUCAAUGUCCUGCGCUACGAUCCGCUUGUUAACUGGAGCGUUACGCCUACCAAGGCGAAGCGCAUGCAGGAUGCGCAGGAGACGGGGACGGGGACGGCGAGGGCGCAGACGGUGGGGCCGGGGGGCACGCCUGUUCCGUCUGGGCAGGUGGGUGAUGAGGUCGUCUUACACGAGAGCAUCAAGAAACGCGAGCGUGAGGAACAGGCUGGUGAGGCUGGGAGGGCGCUCAGCGUCGUGGAGAAGAAACUUAGUAAGACGUUGAGCACGAAGGCGACGGUUAAUGAGCUCAUUCAGCAGGCUACUGAUGAGCGGAAUUUGGCGGUGCUGUAUAUGGGGUGGGCGAGUUAUGCGUAGGUUUUUUUCUUGGGAUUGGGGUUGUUUUGUUAUUGGCGUUGUCAGUUUGUUACAAAGUGGAGUUGGUGAAUUGAGCAAGGCGUUUAUUUAUGCAUGGAUGGGUG